AUGGCUGGUUUGGAUUUAGGCUUCGUUCAAACUCUCCACCAAAGACCAGACUUCAACCACCAAUCACAAGAAGACGCCAACCAAACACAAACAGACCAGUUCGAGAUACUGUCGCUGGCGGGAUCGUUCCUGCCGGCGCCGGCUCCGCCGGGGGCGACGAGCCUGAGCAUUUACCUCGGCGGCGGGCAGGGGCAGGUGGUGGGAGGGAGUGUGGCCGGAGAGUUGACCGCGGCGGGACCGGUGAUUGUGAUCGCGGCGUCGUUCACCAACGUGGCUUAUGAACGGUUACCGUUGGAGGAAGAAGAAGAAGAAGAAGAACAUGUUGAGAUUGGAAACAAGAAUAUUAAUAAUAAUCAUCAUCAUAAUAAUAAUAAUCCCUUUCCUGACCCUUCCUCGGCACUUCCUUUCUUCAAUUUGCCAAUGAAUAACGUUCAGUUACCUGUGGAUGGCUGGGCGGGAAACUCAACUACACGUUCACCCUUUUGA